AUGACGCAGCAGCCCCGAAACCCCGGGAAGCGCCGCGGCUCCCCCGCCCCCCGUGACCGCCCCCGCCGGCCCGGACCCGGCCCGGGCUCCCGGGGCCGCCGCCGCCCCCCGCCCCUUUGUGCCGCCGCCUCCGUCGCCGCCGCGGCGAUCGCGGGAGCGGCGAGAGCGGCGGGGACCCCCCCCGGCCCCCCCGGGGCUCCCCCGGACCCCCGACCCCCGGCUCGGCCAGAGACCCAGGGACCCCAAAACUCGGAGGAGCCCUGGGAGCUGCAGCCCCAAAACCAGGAGGGGCAGAAUCCCAGAGAGCCGGAAGGCCCCAAAACCCAGAGAGUCGGAGCCCAGAGUUGCUGAGAGCUGCAGCCGGGACAGCAGAGCCCUGAAACCCCGGGAGCUCUGAAACCUGGGAGCCCCCAGGAGCCCCAGCCCAGGCCGGGGGGCAGGAGCCACAUCCAGCCCCGUGUGCAGGGAGGGGCCCUCACCCCGGCACGAGCAGUGGCAUGUGGCAGGUGUGACCCUGCCCACCUGUGCCAGGCCACCAUGGAGCCGUGCCCGGGGCAGCCCCAGGAGGCCCUGCUGACGGUCAACGAGCAGGUUAUUGUCAUGUCCAGCCACGAGACCAUCCGGGUGCUGGAGGUGGGGGUGGAUGGGGACCCCAAAACGGCCGGGGAGGGAGCGGGGGGGUCCCCGGCGCAGGGGGGCCCCCCAGGUGUGGAGGACGCUCCCGCCAGCGCCCCGAGCUCGUCCGGCGGGGAGGCGGCAGGGAAAGCCAAAGCAGCAUCGCCCACGCCGGUGGCCUCGAGCCCCGCCCCGAGCCAGCCCGGCGUGACACACCUGGCCGUGCAGGCCACGCCACAGGUGUUGGCUCAGGAAAGCUUAGCCACAGGUGUGACAGGAGUAAUGGUUCCGGCAGGGACAGUUACUCAACCUCUUCUUAUCCCCAUCAGUAUUGCAGGUCAGGUGACAGGCCAGCAGGCGCUGGCCCUGGUGACAAUUCCCACAGCAACGCUCGCCGCGCUCCCGGGACUGACGCCGGCGGCACCUGCGGGGGCGAUUUUCAAACCGCCCGUAGCCAAUCUCACAGCCGCCGCCGUGCUCAGCCCCGCCGUCCCGGCCGUCCCGGCGGUCCCGGCGCCGCGGCCGCCCCCGGGGCAGCCCCCGCUGCUGCCCCAGCCCCCCCCGGCGCCCACCCCCCCAAAGGAGCCCCCGGUGUCCGUCCAGCCCCAGAUCGCCGGACUGGCCUUUAACCCCGGCAUACUCACGGCGGCUCUGGGGGCGCAGCCGCAGAUCCUGGGGUCCCUCAGCGCCCCCCCCGUCAUCGCCACCCCCCUUCCCAGCGUCCAGGGGAUCCCGGGGCAGCUCCUGAGCACCACGCAGGGCCAGGUGAUCGGGACCCUGCCGUGGGUCGUGGCCCCCCCCGGGGUGGCCGCGGCCGCCCCCGCGCCGGCCCCGCCCAGCCUGCAGGUGACAGCGGUGACCCCGCAGCUGCUGCUGAACGCGCAGGGCCAGGUGAUCGCCACGCUGGGGGCCACGCUGGCCACGGGGGCCGCGCUGGCCACCGCCCCCCCCGCGCCCGCCCCCGGCAAGAAAAACGGCCCAGCUGAGCCCCCCAUCAAGAGCGAGGUCCAGCCCAUCCAGCCGGCCCCGGCGGGGGUGGGGCCGAGCCCCCCGGCCGUGCCCAAGGUGUCGGUGCCGCCAUCGCCGGGGCCCGUCCCGGGCUCCGAGACCCCAACCGUGAGCCAGCUGGUGGCCAAGCCCCCUGCCCCACCCAGCACGGAGGAGGACGGGAUCAACCUGGAGGAAAUCCGGGAAUUCGCCAAGAACUUCAAACUGCGGCGCCUCUCACUGGGGCUGACCCAGACCCAGGUGGGGCAGGCCCUGACAGCCACCGAGGGCCCUGCCUACAGCCAGUCUGCCAUCUGCAGGUUCGAGAAGCUGGACAUCACGCCCAAGAGCGCGCAGAAGCUGAAGCCGGUGCUGGAGAAGUGGCUGCGGGAGGCGGAGCAGCGGCAGCGCGAGGGGCAGCAGCACCUGCUGGAGUUCGUGGGGGGAGAGCCGGGCAAGAAGCGCAAGCGCCGCACCUCCUUCACCCCGCAGGCGCUGGAGGCGCUCAACGCGCACUUCGAGCGCAACGCGCUGCCCACGGGCGCGGAGAUAACGCGCAUCGCACAGGAGCUGCGCUACGAGCGAGAGGUGGUGCGGGUGUGGUUCUGCAACCGCCGCCAGACCCUCAAGAACACCAGCAAGCUGAACGUGUUCCAUGUGCCCUGAGGGCAGCGCCCGGCCCGGCUCUGCCCCGCCGCCAACACCGGCACCGGCACCGGCACCGCCUCCAGCAGCGCCCGGGGCGCCGGGCUGGGAGCGCUGGGAGCGCCCCCGGCUCCGCCCCGGCUCCCGCCAGCAGCACGUUGGGCACUGUUCUGUCCCUCUGCCACCCGGUUCUGUCACCGCACCUGUCCCUCUGUCCACCAUGCCCGUAUGUGUGUCCAUGCCCACUCUGACCCCUCUGCAAAUAGCGGUGCCCCGAGCUGGGGGCGCUGGGAGCACCCCUGGGUCUGCCCGGGCUCCUGCCAGCAGCACUUUGGGCCCUGUUCUGUCCCUCUGCCACCCGGUUCUGGCACCACACCUGUCCCUGUGUCACCUGCUUCCAGCACCACACCUGUACUGAAUCCACCUGUGUCCAGCACACCUGUACCUGUGU